AUGCGGCCAUCAUGCUUCCAUUCGAGUUAUCGUUUCCUCGGACAUCAUUCUCCUACGAAAUCUCUCGUCAGUCUACAAUCUCAGAUACGGUCACUCAAGGAAGCCAAUCAUGUCGUCUUCGGAGUCCGCCCUUCAAGUUUUGAAAACCUCGGCAACAAUCGAAAGUUAUGCUCAACCAGCCGGAUGUUGGCUCAGUUGGGGCGAAUUGAUGUCAAGAAAAUGCCAGUCAUAGACCACGAUCCAAACUUCGCGCUUAACGAGAAUAUUUUACAAGAAACUCGUGAUUUCGAUACUGCGUCCAACCGCAAGCCUGGGAUCUGGAAACCUUUUGUAUUUUUUAUUGGGGUUUCAUUCUUGGGCUUUGGAUUAGCUAUCGAUCAAACGAAUCGGGAUACCGCACAGAAGAUCGAUUACAUUCGAACACACCAAGGAACCUUCCCCGGUUGGUUUAGCAAAACGUUCACUAGUUUUACCAGUCAUCCCGACCCCAGUGACUCCCAGCUACAACAAAUUAGAAAAUUAGACAAGUGGAACUUUAUCAAAGAAUACGGCUUGAACAAAAUUUUUCCGCAUCAUAUUUUGACUUGGUAUAUCAAUCUUAAUGAAGGGAAGCAAAUAUGUUGCAUUUUGGCGCUCAUCAAUCUGCCAAUAUUUGCACUUUGGCAAAUGCCACGUCUCGUUAAAUCCAUGACUCAGAAAUUUACUCAUUUUCCACUAUCGGGGAAAAGCUAUACUCUGAUCACAUCCACGUUCAGUCAUUCAUCUGCCUUACAUUUCGGAUUCAAUAUGAUGGCUUUGUAUAGCAUAGGGUCCACAGCUCAUGACUUCUUGACACAUCGACUUCGGGCAUCAAGAGAGAUUGAUCCAGUUCAAAUCCCAGAAUCAACCCCGACCUAUCACUUUUUAGCUUUCUAUCUUUUCGCUGGCCUCGCUGCUUCAUUCGGCAGUCAUGCUUAUUCACUGCUGAUACGCGCUCCAAGACUUUUGAAAUGGCGCCAGGGACUCGCGAACAGCUCAACUCCCCCCACUCCAAUCUUGCCUAGUUUGGGGGCAUCGGGUGCAAUCUAUGGAUGCCUCACAAUGACCGCAUUGGCGUUUCCUGAAGCUCACGUCUCCUUGAUCUUUCUGCCUUGGGUUCCGUUAAAAAUUGGAAACGCGGUUUUUGGUGCAAUGCUUUUUGAUUUCAUCGGAGUGAUUAGAAAUUGGAGAUAUUUUGAUCACAUGGCACACCUCUGCGGUGGUUUUGCUGGAAUAUUUUGGUAUUUCUUUGUUGAUAAGUGGUUUGAUCUUCUGAGAUUGAAAGUGUGGGAUCGGUAUCUUGCUAAGGAAAAGAUUGAAUGA